AUGACCAUCAAAAACCUCGGAAAGGUUAUUAAGGAAGUGGAAGCUGACAAGGCUGCGAUAGUCAGUCAAUUAGAGCAAAACAAGAAAGAACAUGAUAAGUUGAAUGCCGAGCGUGAAGAUUUGAAGGAGAAACUGGCAAAAAGCGAAGAAGCGGCAAUCGCGAUGCAGCUAUCUUUCUCGAAACAAGUCGAUGCUCUCGGGAAUCAAAAUGAAAGGCUAGUUGGUCAACUAUCAGAGUCCACUGAUCAAAGCAAGUCUCUGCGCGAGCAACUCGAGCGGAAACUAGAGGAGCACGCCGUCGAGCUUAAGCGAAAACAAGAACAAUACGAUAUCGACCGUAAUUUCUUAGAGAAGGAUAAUGAGCGCCUUCAGGGGGAACUGAACGAGCUGAGACAGACCUAUAUGUCACACCAAGAAGAAUCUACACUCCUCGUUGCUAACAACAGAGCUGAAAUUGUAUCGCUUGAAGCAAAAAUCAGUGUACUCGAAUCACGCGAAGGCGAGCUGCUCGGCACGAAAGGCCGAUUGGAAGACGAGAUCCACAAGCUUACCAAAAAAGUGCUCGAAAUGGAGACAACUGCUGCAAAGGCUGACGAACGUUAUGCAGAAUUGCUCAGUUCCCUCCAACAGAACAAAGAAUUACUGGAAAGAAAAGAAGAAGAAUGGCAAUCGAAGCUUCAUGAGAUGCGAACAGCAGCGCAGGAUGCUGAACAGAGAACACGGGAUGCAGAAGCGGAAGCAGAGCGACUUCGACGAGAGCUGACAGAUGAAAAGGAGAGGUUUACCUUUGAAGUCAACACACUAAAAAACUUUGUCCAAGAACUCGACGGCAGGCACGCCGAAAACAUUGCAGCUUUAGAGCAAAUUAGAGAAUCACAAUCGCGUGAGCUGGAGAGACUGAAUGAGAGUAACCAAGAGUUAAGCCGUUCGAUAAAGGAAGUACAAAGAGAACGUCUAAAACUGGAGGAGGAGCAUGAGCGCACUAUGGAUGAGAUGAAACGCAAUACGAGGCAGCGAGAAUUGGAAUUUGACGAGAAGCGCCGUCAGCACGAGCUUCAGCGUGAACAUCUUGAGCGAGAGCUUGCUAGCCAGCGAGAAUUGUUGGGUGCUGUAGAAAAAGACAAGUCGCGGCUAGUUUCUCACCAUGAAAAGGAAUUGAAAGAAACUGCUCAGCAGCAUCGACGCGAGCAGACCUCAGCUGCGGAGGAACUGAAGAAAGUUCAAGUUCAGCUUGCCGAAACUGAGAUGAGAUAUCAGACAGCCCAGUCUGUAAAUCGUGAACUGUUUGACAUGAAACCGAAACAGGCCACUCUAGCAAAACGUGUGAAGGAACUGGAGCAGGAACUGGCUAGUUGUAAAGUACAUCUCAGUGCAGCACAGCAGGAGGUUGAUACUACGCGGCAGCAAUGCACACAGCGGGAAAGCGAAUUCGCAAUAAACAAGGAGCAGAUGAAUGAAGAGAUUCGUUGUCUGACUGUCGCCAAAGAGUCGUUGGAAGCCUAUAAACAAAAAACAAUGGGUGAGAUCGAGAAAUUGAGCGAGGAGAUUAAACAACUGCAAGGGCAAUUGUCAGAUCAGAAAUCAAAGAACGAUGAUGAAAUCAGCCAAUUGAAACAGCAGUUUGACUCGGCUGAAAAGCGCCGCGAGUGUGAUAAGAUAAAUUUGCAAGCCAAGGUCAAUGCUCUUCGGAACGAUAAAGAAUCUUUAUCCUCUCUGAGCAAGCAGCUUGAGGCUGAAAAGGCAACUCUCCAAGGUCAUCUCAUUGAAAAAAUUGGACAAAAUGAAGCUUUACUGUCUCAAAUCAGUUCAUUGCGGAAAGCUCGAUAUGAAAAUGUGGAGCUCAAUGCAACACAAGAUGAUAUACCAGUUUCGCGACGGGAAAGGGUAGCCGGUGCAGAAGAAGCACCAAAGACCGGUGACCAAGGCACACCAGUGCGAGCCACCACAGACGCCGACAAGGAUAAUGUGAAGACACAUGGGCCGAUAAAAUCCUGUGACCCUGUGACGAAGGAGGGAACUAAAGUUUCUAACAUCUCUUCCAAGGAGAAAACACCAACUCAUAAGAAGUUCCGGUCGCCAGUCAGGACAGCCUCAAAUCUGACGCUGAAAUCUGACACCGCACAACAACAAGUAGACCAAAAUCCGGCGGAGACUCCUCCUCCUAAAUCCAAUUCGUCUCUAAAGACUGACGAGCCGCGCAAAUCUCCUACGAAACCUUCCUUGGCUGUCAACGAGAAUGACAAACUGCAAACACCUCCAGGCAGAUGGAAGAAGCCGCCUUUGCAACCAGCAAUGUCCUUUUCCGCUUUUUCACAAAUCGAAACUAUGGACGAGGAUGAAGAGAAUGAUCGUAUUGAUCAAGGGGACAAUUUUGCCUUGGAUGAGUUGGUUGCGGCUAUGGAUGCGGACAAUGCCAUUAGUGAAAUUGCUGAAGAAACGACUGUUGAACAGGGUGUGGAAUAUUUGACAACCCCUCCAAAAGAUCCACAAAAAAAUACGAGGAGCAAGUCGACCAGUGAUCUGCUUGAUGUAGCUAACGACCACGUGAGAUCCCCAGAGAGGAAGAAGGCUAUCAAUUCUCCAAAGAAGCCAGUGGACAUUGAACAGACUCAUUCUGAUGAUGAACCUUCGGGGCAAGAAAUGCGCAGAUCAAGGCCCGGUACAUCGUCGGCCCAGCUAUCUAGCUACGAAAGGGCUGAACCAAAGAAGACUUCCAAGGUCAUUCGAUGGCGGGUGCAAGCAAUCCUCGAAAGCGAAGAAUUUCUACACUCAAUAUUAUCGGAGGAAAACAGCAGGACAAUGAUAAUGACUCAACUUUUGAAGAACCCAGACGAGGCCGAGAAAAGAGACAAAAGAGAGCAGAACGGUCACCGUCCUGGUCGAGCAGUCGCUCAGGACCAGCAAGGGCAGCAAAAAGCAGAAAGACAACACCUAAGCCGCCCCCCAAAGCCGGACUCGCGGAGGCAAAGCCCCACAAGAAGCCCCAAGAAACGUCAACCAGUUCCAAGCAAGGCUGACACCGAUGAGUUUUGUUCUCCAGAGAAGUCCAAGCGUGCCGGGAAGUCUCAACUGGUAGGAAAGCGCAUGGGCACUCCUAAAUCGCCAACCAUGGCAGAAACCUCCAUUACCACAACAACAACGAUUCAUAAAACGCAACGCGUCUAUUCGACACAAUCUCGGAAAGAGAAGGCGAUGGGACGAGCUACAUCUGUCCGGGCGACAAAAGCCGGCGCCUCUCGGAGGCAUUUAGCGGCGUUUGACACUUCUUCAGAAGAUUUCGCUGCUGCUCUCAUGACUGAUGAUGCUUUGUUUGGCUGGCCGCCGGCGUGA